AUGGCUGAUAAACCCGCCAUCCUUCAACCUCGUCCGCGGCGAGUGUUCGACCUUACGCCUGCUUCGAACGAAUCGUCCGAAUCUCCUACUCCCGCGGAGCCCGCCAAUUCCGAUCUGCUCAAUCCCAAGGAGGCCGCUUCGACCAGCGUAAGCCGCACUGCUUCCAUCAUGAAUCUGACGUCGUCUACCCUUUAUGGCAUUUAUUCUCCGACCGCAUUCGAAGGCGAGGGACAAACACCUAUCUCGGAAAAUCCACCUAUCAUUAAAACGUCUCCUGAGACGCCAAUUCGCCAUUCACUUCAGAGAACUCGGUCGCGCCUCAGUCAUGGGCUAUUCCGUGGAGUGAUUCUGCCCCAGGUGUUCCGAAGUGUGCUUCUCUUUGGGUUCGGUGUGGCCUACGGAGUUAUCACAGUCCAUUUACAUGAAAAUCACUGGAUCACACCCGUGAAGUUGGAGAAUAUUCGCUACUACGACUCUUGGCAAUACCUGGGUCUGUGGGGUCUGGCUGGAGUGGCUCUGGGAAAUGUGCUUCCCUGGCUGGAUUCCAUUGCUGGAGAGUGGGAUACGGAUCGUUCCCGGACCGUCAAAGGGCAGGAGAACAAUCGUCCCCGCGAAGAUCGUACUCCUGCUUGGGUUACAGUGGCUCGGAGCGUUGGGGCGUUUGUGGGAAUUGCGUUUGCUCUGAGGAGACUUCCCUGGGAAUCAACAACUCAGGCGUCUGCUACUCUGGCUCUAGUCAACCCUGUGCUGUGGUAUCUCAUUGACCGCACAAAGGCAGGCUUCCUUUUGUCGACCGUGGUGGGACUAGCUGGGACGGGUGUAGUGCUGGGGCUCAAGCCGGAGUUAGUCCCAACGUCCGCAGAUACUCCUGCGACUACCAUACCUCUAUUAAAUGGCACUGUCCUAGAAUAUGGACUACCGACGGGUCUCACUCAGGAGGGCGUUGCGAUCCGCAUAUGGCUCUCAAGUGUUCUCUUCUGCGCCUGCGUCUGCUUUGGCAACGUCGGCCGGCAACUUGCCAUCGGAGGUACAGGCAGAGAUAGACUCGAUUAG